CCUUGGCAACCGAGUGAAGCACAGACUGCUGCGGCCAUGAAGAAAGUUUGUUUUCUGUCCUGAGCCUGUCCAAAUUACAGUUAACUAACAGCCAUGUCCAGCAGUGUGAAGCCAAAGCCUGGGCGCUAUGGGAGCGAUAUCCACAGACUGCUGCUGGCAGCUGAAGCCGGGCAGAAGGCUGAUAUCCUGGCCUACUCCUCAGGUCAUCUGGGGCCUCGCAGCCUGAACCAGAGUCAGCCUCAAGAGGAGACAAAGUCGGUUUUUUGGAGGAUGUCUCAGAGCCAAGAAGAAAGUCGAAACCCACUAUCUCUCCAGCAGAUACAGACAAAGGCAAAAAAGAAUGAAAUGAAAGAGUUCCCCCCUGAGCUCACUUCUGGCACAGCUUUAGUAGAGCCUAGAGUCUUGGGGUACACACAAGAUCAUACAUCACAUCCUGAAAGAAGAGAACAUAUAAGUCUAUCUCAGAUAGUUUACCGUCCCUCAAGGACUUUGCCUGUCCAGCAGAAAGCUUGUUCUCAGAAAAAACCUAAAUCUCCAUCUGAUCUGGGGGUAAAUCAUCAUUUCACAUUGAGCCGUUCUGACCAGGACGGCCUGAACAACCAAGACCAGCAAGAGAAGAAAAAAUGCUUUGGCUGGCAAGUCAUGGCCAAACCGGACCUCUGGGCUGUAAAAAAUGUUGCUGAAAUGCAUGCGAGGAAACUGCAAGAGGGGUUGAUUAAGUUGUCUGCGCAGAGCUGGCCCAGCAAAGACCGCCUUGCGGUGUUCAGUGACGUCUUUGAUGAUGUAUGUGAAGACUCGCCAGCGUUUGGACGCAUCCUGAGGGAAAUUAAGACAGAAUAUGAUUUAUACGUCAACCACCUGAUGAGUUUGCAGUCCUCACCACGCAGCCUGUCACCGAAUACUUCACUCAAAGUAAGCGAAACCGAGUUGGACGAUGCUGAAAAGGAAGUUUGCAGGCUGGAGCAUGAGGCUAGAAGAGCUCUAGAGGAGAAGAAACGGGUCCAAAAUGAGUUACAGAACUUUUCAGCUGCCAUGCACCCGAAGGACAGUUACAAGAAAAAUACAUGUCGGGCAGGGCUACAGGAUGCUAUGAAUGUCUCUGGCUAUUCUGACAGCAUCCAGUUCAAGAGGCUUCAAGUAAUGAAUGUUUGGAAGGAAAUCAAACAGCUGGAGGAAGAGCUAGAAGAGAAGUUGGUGUCCACUGUUACAACCACAGCUACUAAAGGACAUAUCAGAGACCAACAGACUGAAAUAUUGAAGCUGAUAGCCUCAAAUGAGCAUCUAAGGGUCAUUAGCAAGGAUCUUGAAAACAACAUCAGCGCAGUGCUGAACAAGGAGAAAGCAAGCAAGGCCAUAAGACGGAUUUUGUGGGAUGAAAUACACCAAGAUCUACAAGCAGAGUGAAUGGCUUCAUCAGCAGGAAAACUACAGAAUACAAUGCGACAUUUCAAAACUUAGGCAGUGUGUGCUCAAUAAAAGAGUUUGAGAACCAGCAAGCAACUAA